AUGUUUUCACUCUAUUCUGUUCGACUAUCCUCGUUGGUUACUCCACAGCUCUUAAGCAAGGAGAAACUUGCAUCCAGAACAGUAACUGUGGCACAGGGUUGCACUGCGAAACAUGCCUCGCCAAUAACGAUGUCAGACCGCGCUGCACUCGAAUUCAACCUAUCAAUCCUCUCUCUAAGGGCGAGGUCGGCAACCGGAAGCGUGAUUUUAUCUCCAGAGAACCAGCAGGACUCCAUUACCAGUCAGCUCAACAAUGGUGUUAGAGGGUUGAUGCUUGAUAUGUAUGACUUCAACAAUGAUAUCUGGUUAUGCCACUCCUUUGGCGGCAAAUGCUACAACUACACAGCUUUUCAACCUGCCAUAAAUGUUUUGAAAGAGGUUCAAGUGUUUCUAGAAGCGAACACUUUUGAAGUUAUCACCAUUAUCAUUGAAGAUUAUGUUACAUCUCCUAACGGCCUGACGAGGGCAUUUAAUGCCUCUGGCCUGAGUAAAUUCUUAUUUCCGGCAGCUCGGAUGCCAAAAAAUGGUGGAGAGUGGCCAACGGUUGAUGACAUGGUCAGGCAGAAUCAGCGAUUAGUAGUCUUCACUUCUAAAAGCUACAAGGAAUCAUCAGAAGGCAUUGCAUAUGAAUGGAAAUACUUGGUAGAAAAUCAAUAUGGCAAUGGUGGAAUGAUAGCUGGAUCAUGUCCCAACCGAGCAGAAUCAUCUAGUAUGAACACGAAAACAAGGUCGCUAGUCUUGAUGAACUAUUUUCCCGAUAACCCAGUCGAGGCCACUGCCUGCAAACAUAAUUCAGCCCCAUUAAUUAGCAUGAUGAACACCUGUUAUGAAGCAGCUGGAAAAAGAUGGCCCAAUUUCAUUGCUGUUGAUUUUUACAAGAGAAGUGAUGGCGGAGGAGCACCUGAAGCCGUAGAUAUGGCAAACGGUCACCUAGUUUGUGGUUGUAAAACCAUUGCCUCUUGCAAGGAAAACAUGACGUUUGAAGCAUGCGAACUACCCAAGGCAAGCCCCGCCCCUAGCGCAACUCCAAUUAAUGAAACCAGCUUUGCAAUAUUUGAUAGCAGACCCUCCUUUAAAUUGCAGUGGUUGGCUGGUUUGUUUCUUACUGUCAUCUUGUGA